UUCACCCAAAAUUCACAUCAACAUUUGGCAGUGCCCCGCUUUUCCCCGAAGUUUCUACAUCAGCGGCGGCGAACUCAGCGGCGUCAACAGCGGCGUCAACAGCGGCUGUAAUUGGAGGAGGAGCUGGAAAAUGUCAGGCGUCACUACUCAAGAGGAAGAUAAGAAGCCCUCUGAGCAACACAUUAACCUCAAAGUCAAGGGACAGGAUGGGAGCGAGGUGUUCUUCAGGAUAAAGAGGAGCACACAGCUGAAGAAGCUCAUUAAUGCUUACUGCGAGAGACAAUCUGUGGAACUGGGCUCCAUGGUAUUCUUGUUUGAUGGCCAACGCCUCCAAGGGGAGCAGACUCCUGAACAGGUGAGUAUGGAAGAUGGUGAUGAGAUUGAUGCUAUGCUGCACCAGACUGGAGGUGCCUUUGCCUAGGCAUUGAUAUGAUGGGGAAUCUGGAAGGCUUGAUGAUAUUGUAAAUUUGUAAUAUUAAAAAUUGAGAUGGUACUUUUAACCUUGAGGGCUUUUAUAUGUAUCUAUAUUAGUAGUUGAUGAUGGAUGCUAGAGGUGCUGUUCUGGAUGUUUCACGUUAUGACAUAUAGUUACCACGUUUGGUAAUUAUCUUUUAGAUUCGAUGCUUUUUCAUCA